AUGCCUGCGCGAAAGCCAUCAGCAUCCUCACCACCGGAGGAGCUUGACGAGCGGGCGCCCCUCUUAGGGGCCCUCGAGGCUGGCCGUGACAACCAGCCAAAGAUCACUUCCCUUCCCCGUCGCCGUCUCUUGCUCCUUGUAUGCCUUUCCGUCGUGGCCGCUGACUUUGGCAACUACCUUGGCUAUGCUCCUCACAUCGGAAUUCUCGAGUCAAUUAUCUGUCGCCAGGCUCGAGGGAGCAACUUGUUGCUGGUAGAUGACAACUGCAAAUCGCCUCAAGUGCAACGAGAAUUAGCUCUGAUAAACGGUUGGAAAGACACAUUUGACCAGCUACCCGGAAUUCUCCUUGCGCUUCCAUAUGGAUUUGCUGCUGAUCGCAUAGGGCGUAAGCCCAUUCUGGCACUUAGCUUGACUGGGCUCAUUCUCGAAGAGACUGCCAUGCGCUUGAUCUUCUUGUUUAAUUCCGUCCUGCCGCAACGGAUGAUUUGGGCGACGCCCGCUUUUCAAAUCAUCGGCGGCGGUCCCCAAAUAGCGACCGCUAUGGCCUAUGCUAUGGUUACCGAUCUAGUGCCAACAUCCGUUUUCUUCAUCCUAUUUGCGGCGACUCUACUAGGCGAAAUUCUCGCUACUCCGAUUGCUGCAUUUUUAAUGUCGUGGAACCCAUGGAUUCCUUCCCUGCUGGGUCUGUUCUUUCAGUGUUUGGGGCUGCUCGGAGCCGCUUUUAUCUCCGGCAUACCUUUCAACCCUGCGCCAUGCAAUCACCAACAGGUUCUGGAGGAGCAGGAGGGUCAAGAAGAAGGACAUAUUUCGACCACAGUGCACGAUUCAACAUUUUUACGUUGGAAAAAUGCCAUACGGCAGCAAUGGAACCACAUUCAAAACCCCUCUACGACAUCCUGGAGUGCCAAUCUUUUUUGCACUGUCGGUGCAUUUCUACUUGCAAGCAUCGGUCGCCAAGCGCUACAGCUUAUUGUUCAAUAUGCCUCGAACCGCUUUUCUUGGAGCAUUGCGCGCGCCAGUUCACUCAUCACGCUGAAGGGCAUUAUCAAUCUCGUCACUUUAUUGUUCAUUCUCCCUUGUCUUUCCGACUGGCUGAAUAAAAAAUUACAUCUGUCCCCUACCGCCAAAGAUCUCCGUAUUGUCCAAGGUAGUGUGUGGAUUCUAACUUUGGGUGCGGCCGUUAUGGCCGUUUCCACUUCUCCGGCGGUAUUCAUAGCAGGCGUCAGCUUGCUCGCAUUCGGAUGGGGAUUCUACUCAGCCCUGCGAAGCUUGGCCAUGGAAUUGGCAUCGCCAUCGCAAGUUGGCAUUGUGAACACGGCGAUUGGGUUCGCCCAAAGCACUGGUGCCAUGGUUUCCGGGCCUAUCCUGGCUGCCGCAUUUCGUCGGGGCAUGCAGGAAGAUGGGCUUUUAGCUGGAUUGCCGUAUAUGGUUGCAGCUGGUCUGUUUUUUCUAUCCGGAUGCUUAACAAGUUGUGUUCGGAUUCCGAAGGAAAAAAGUGACCCCUGA